AAUGCAAGAGCAGCACCCGCAAGCCCAAUCGCCGUCGGCGCACCUGUAGACCCGCCUUUGCCCGGCCAACCACGCCCAUCCAGCUGGCGGGCGCUCAAGGCUCAAAUCCUAGACCUCUUGUGCCCUAGGGAAAACUGCCAGACUAAUACCGCAACCACCACGGGUCUUGUCAUACUCGAACUCGAAUGCCGCUGCGACGGCAGGGCUGAACGCAGGACGAAUGGCCGACGCCGAGCAGCAGCAGGGCGGGCCCAGCACCUCGCGACGGAGGAAGCUCACCGGCAAAUCGAAGGCUCGGCCCGCAAAUGAUUGGUCACGAAGCGGCGAGCCACAGUCCCGUGCGUCGCCUCGCUCGAAACGCCACGGAGAUAUAGACAUAGACAUUGUCGAGUCGUCUUCAGACGACGACGCCCCCAACGCGAGAGCGUUGCCCAGGAAGCAUUCUCGUCGACGACGUCCGCAGGCCCCGAGUUCCACAACCUCGGACACGGCAUCCGACACGACCGCUCCGGCCAAGACCCCGCAGCGGUCGUCGCUCAGGGGAACGGGAGGGCCCAAGAGCAUGCGGGUGCCCAACGCGUCCGUGCCUGUGCUGGACACGGCACCUGCCCCGUCGCACCAUCGGCGCCCAACCUGCAUCAUUGAGGAGGAGGACGAUGAUGACACCGACGAUCUGGCGCCGUCCGGGCCCUCUAGGCCCGUGAGCCGCCAGACCAUAUCCCGCCGCGACACCAGCCCCCGUUCUGCUCCCCGCUAUCGGUCGACCCCGGAGUCCCGCCGCUCACCGAGAACCUCCGUGUCCGACUCCGAGGACGACACUGAGGCCACCUCCGACUCCGACGAGGAACAGAUAAUUCGGCCCCGAGGCAAACACCUCCCACCACCUGCUCCGGUUGCCCCGCCCGUUCCGUCUGCGCCUCCCGCUGCCGCUGUCCAUAAUUCGGUCCGGGAACGCUCAAGCCGACGCCCAGAAAUGGUGUACGAGGAGGAUGGCGACGGCACUUCGCGAUACACCCGCUCUGUAGCCAGGCAUCGGUCGCUAUCCCGCCCCGCUUCAAGCGGCCAGGACCACUAUCGGCGGCCCAGAGACAUUACUAUCUCGAGCCCUCCAAGCCUGGAUGAAACACGAACACGGUCUCGCUCGAGAUCCAAAAGUGCUCGCCCGUCACGGAGGCACUAUGAUUCCGACGUCUAUGUUUCUUCAAGGCCUCCCUCGUCCUUCAAGCGGCCCCAUGCCGCGUCAUCCUACAGCCUCGGGUCCUCCAAGCAUUCGACUUUCCAUGUCGACCUCUCAACACCCCCUGCUCGUCCUUCCCAUCUGGACAAACCGGCCGAACGCACUACCAAGUGUGCUCUUUGCCGAGAGGGGGAUAUCCCCGUCAGCAAGACAGCAAAACUCAAAUGCUGUCAUCGGAUAUGCCACUCGUGCCUCCGCAAGGUCUUCAGGCUGUCCCUCACCGAUCCGCAGCACAUGCCUCCUCGAUGCUGCACCGCUGAUAACAUUCCCGUCGAAUACGUCGACAAACUGUUCGAUUCCAGGUUCAAGAGGGAGUGGAAUCAGAGAUACCGGGAGUAUGCCAGUAGGAACCGCAUCCUUUGCCCGUUCUCGCGAUGCGGCGAGUUGAUCAGGCCCGAGGACAUGCGCCGCGAAGGCGGCCGCUGGUACGGUAAGUGCAGUCGCUGCAAGACCAAGGUCUGCGGAUCUUGCAGUGGCAAGUGGCACCGCCAACCCGAGUGUCCGAGAGAUGAUGAGGCCAUGCAGUUCUUGGAGCAAGCGAGGCAAGAAUUGUCACAGCGCUGUCAUCGCUGCAAGGCCCUGGUGGAGGUCAAGGAUGGCCGAAAUCAUAUGACCUGCCGGUGUGGCGCUGAGUCCUGCUUAGUAUGUGGAGGCAAGUGGAAGAGCUGUAAAUGUCCCUGGUUUAAGUACGACCCGUUUGAGGUCGAGACGAUGACCUCUGCACGACCGAACCCAUUCGCCUCCCGUCCGGGCUCACCUCGUGAGUUUCAGUCGGAUUUCGGACCUCUCCCAGCCGCCGCCGCCCGUACGGGGCCAUCAAGCUAUGAGGAUGACGCAUAUGUGCGUCGGUUGGAUGAGCAGCGCGAUGACGUUCUGGCGCGUAGGAUGCAUUCAUUUGACGCUUUUGGUCAUCAUCAUGGUAGUCACGCCGGCCUCGAUCGGGCCAGGGAAGAUUACGAGUUCGAAGAGGCCCGUGAUCCUCGCGACCGGCGCCGGCGGAUAGAGGCGCGGGACUAUGCAGCCUCAUUCAUGGAUGAUGAUUACCACCGCCGAGCUGCAACUGUGGUCGCCCCGUCGCCCCCGCAGCCGCCAGUGCCAGCCGUACCGCCCCCUCCACGCUCAGCGUUUGAGCCUCCCACGCGUCCCGGUUUCGAUCGUCCGACGUCCGGUUUCGAUUAUGCUCCUGCAGUCCACCGGAGUCGAGGAAUGCGCUACGCCUCGCCGGAUAGAUAUGACGACUACAUGACGGAGAAUUACACGCCCGACAAGCGACGUGCUCGCUCGCCCGACUGGCAUGAAUCUCACCAUGAUCGGGAACCUCGAUCUCGAGACAGGCGACACACGUUUCCCUCGGAGUCUCGGCCUGUGUCGCCCGAAGCGUGGCAACAGCUGCCCACACGCUACCCCUCGCCCGAGCGGGCGAUGUUGCCCACUGAGGAGAGGCGGCUCCCCCCGUCGCCGGAUAGACGGCGAGACACAUCGCUCGACAGACGUCUCGCGGGCCGGUUUAAAACGGAGAGCAGACAGAGUCCCACGGCUGCGACUGGCCCAGUUGGCGGUGUUGGGCCGGCGGGCUCUGUUGGUCCAGUUGGUCCGCUCGGUCCUCUGACACACAUGCGCGCUCCGCCGCCUCCGUCGCGAGCUGCCACCCAUGUCGGUGUGGGUAUGCCCAUGGCGCCUGGACCUCCUCUCGGCAUCCAUGGGUCUGCGCCAUCGGUGCCCCCGCUCCGAAGACACCACACCAUGGACGAAGAGGUCUACGGCCCGGGUGGGGUUUUACACGGAGCUGCCGGACCCCCGCCUGUGGACUGGUUCGGGCCUCCCCCACAUGCUCCUCAUCCGCAUCACCCUGCUGGGCAGCCUGCCUCCCAUGUUCCUCCCUCGAUGGGUAUGAUGCAUCCCGCGAUGCAUGAUAUGAAUAUGAUGGAUAUCAAUGGGGGUUCGCCGCGCGCACCGCACGUAAAGAGACGUCCGCCGCAGGCUCAUCGCGAACAUAACAAGUAUGAGGCGCCGAGGCCGUCGGUGUUGGCUGGGUUGGCCGGCAUAGGUAGGGGCGUGCAUCGGGUUUCCGAAUGGGUCAAUUACGUUGAGCCGGGGCCGCCCGAUGCGGACCAAAUGCCUGCGGUCGUGCAAUAGCAUAAGCGGCUUUCUUGAUGCGAAUUGGAUUCGGCUUGAAUUUUCUUUAUUUGCUGGCAGUUCACUUUUGGAUUUUCAUGGUCUUCUACUCAUCUCUCACAUCAUCUAUCAUCCGUUUGGCUUUUGC